AUGAUGUGCUAUGUGGGGAAGGCAACCAAGAUCUUCAUCUUCAUUGUGACAGUGGUGGUAGUGACUGGUCUGGUCUUGGGAUUUGGGCUACUCAGGCAUUCUAUUCAUCACAAGACCCACAAAUGUACACCUGAAUCUUGUGAACAAUCCACCACCCCAGUAAUCUUCCCUCCGCCACAGCCACCUGGUGAUAAUCCUAGCCCAAAUGUCCUCAAUCCCAUAUCUCCACUACCAGCAACGCCAGCUAGUGAUGGUCCUAGCCAAAAUCGUCCUAAUCCAUCUGCAUCUCCUCCUCCUUCUCCUCCACUGCCUCCACCACCGCUAGCAGUGUCUUUGCCGCCUCUGCCAUCAGUGGUUCCCAAACCAGCAGUCAGUCCUCCUAGUCCAGCGUCCCCAGGUCCAGUGAAUUUUUAG